AUGGCGACACGACCGAGCACUGUGCCUGCUGGUGUUCUUGCUGCUGCUCAAGCAGCGAAAAGCAGUGAUUUUAGCCAAGCUGGAGUUUCUGCUGUUCCAGGAGCAGCGUCCAAUGAACCAUGCCAGGCCGCGUUCCUCGCUACGGCCACUCCGACUCCCGCAGACAAAAAAGCCGCACCCGGAGAUGAGAUGCAACUGCCUCACAGCAGCAGCAGCAACAACGGUGGCACCGGGAAGAUUUUAAACAGUAGCAGCAGGUUGCUAAGCAGCACGAGCACAUGCCGCGUUCCCUUGCUGUUAAAGGGAGAGGCAGACUCUUUCGUGGCUGUCAAUGUUGGGGGCCUUGUCGCUGUGCCUUCUCUCCAGCAGAAGCAGCAGCACCACCAGUACAACACAUGCUGCUCCUGUCAGGAACCAACAGAAAAUUCACGGGAUGCUUCUUUCUUUGUUUCUGCCGCUCUCUUUAUCGACGGCCACAGAGCAGCACCCCCAUGCUUGUUGUUGCCUCCCAUGCAGCAGCAGAAGCAGCACGAUAGUAGCACUGCCGCGGAUAUUCAGAGCUCGGCUGAAACAAAAGCACAGCAAAUAGCUUCUGAAGCUGAGAUGGGCUUGUGGCCUCGCCCUUGUCUUCACAGUCUGAUAGGAUUCUCUCCCUGUGGGACUGCCACUGCAUCUGCUGCCUCUACCACCGCGGCCCAGAGUACUGAUGCCGCGUCUGCAUGGAAUGAGGGAGAGAUAAGUGCGGGUGGGGGAAGAACAGUAGUAGCAGCAGCGGAUACAGAGGGGACUGCGGCUGCUUCUGCAUGUACAAUGGCGUGCACAGCAGCUGCAAUGCCAGCGGCAGGACCGCAAGCAGCAGUAGGGAACGAAGCAGCAGCAGCAGCACAAGGAACGCAAACAGAUACAGAAGCAGCAGCAGAAAUACCAGAAGACAAAGCGGCACCGGCGGCAGCAGCAGAGGGAGAAGCAGAAGCAGCAGAGGCGCCUAUGCAAGCUUCUCAAGAAACAGCCACUGAAAAUGGCCAGGAGACCACCAGAAACAUCUGGAGCAGCAGCGGCUGCUGCUGCUGCUCUCGUUGCGGUAUAAACUACGUGUCGUUACAGCAGCUGGUGCGGCUGCCAGCUAAGAUUUCUGCGCUUCCUUUGAACGCCCUGCUGCUUUUCGGGGUGUACAUACAUGAUGACCUCGCUGCUGCUGUUGCCGGAGCUGGUGCCAGGGCAGCAGCUGCAGCACGGGCAGAGGCAGCAGCAGUGGGAGAUGGCUGGCGAUUGUUUGGGGUGUCACUGCUUCCGCUGCAUGAUGCUGCUGCAUGCGUGAGGCAGGGAAGACGCCUACUGCCGAUUCAUUUGCUUCAGCAGUACUUGCCACUCUUGCCCAGCAGCAGCAAAAGUGCGGCUGGCAACAGCAGCACAGACUUGGAGCGGCGGCAACCAAAUGUUUUACAGCAGCAAGAACUCGCAGCUCUUAGGGACGCCACGCUGCCCCUCUCGCUGCAGCGACUGCAGCGCAAUACAGAAGGCAGAGCAGCAGCAACAGAAGCAGAAAGUGCUCCCGCCGCUCUGGGCGAGCCAUUUAGGGUCUCAGCAGAGGCUGUGCUGUCUCUCCUAUGCGCCCCUACUCUCCAGCAUCAGCCAGUGCAGGAGCAGUACAAGCCACACGAACACCCAUGGCUGCAGCCGCAACAACAGGAAAAGCAGCAACAGGAGGAGCAGCAGCUGCUGCUUGAAAGAGUUGAGGUGGAGGCAGCAGCAGUUCGUUGUUGCCGCCUGCUUGACUUGCUGCAGAGUGGUACUAUACCUCCAACGGCGGAGACAGUGGACGCGGCAGCGCAGCGACAGCUGCAGCAGCAGUUGCAGCAGCACCUGCUGCUACUCCAGCAGCUGGCGCAGGCAGACUACGAGGAGGUUUGGAGGCGCGUCGCCUCGGCAGAAGCACCCCCAGAAGCAGACUGUGCAGCAGGAACAACAGCAACAGGCGUGCCGUUUGGGGGGUACCUGUACGUAGAGCUACCUUCCUAUGGCUUGCCGCUGCUGCACGGAGAGCUGCGUGUGACUCGUGCAGCUGCACCAGUAUCUAUCUUUUCACCAGCAGCAGGGGCUGCAGGGCUGCAGCAACAGAGGCAACAGUCGCUGCUGAUGCAGCAGCCUCUCGGCAUCAACAGCAAGAUGUCUGUGCCAUUCCCCAACCCUCCCCGACUAAGCAAAGCGCACGCAGCCCCACCCGUUGCUCCUGCUGAGGCAGCGAAGCUGCUGCUUCUGCAGCAGCAGCACCGGCAGCAGGAAGCGCAGCUGCAAAAGCGGCAGCAGCACAUGGCAGAACAGUCACAGCUCCCGCGGCUGCAACCCAGACAAGCAGAUGUGCAGGAUUCGGUACGCCCAAAGCCUCCAACAUCAACAACAACGGCAAUGGAUACUGCAGCAGCAGCAGCAGCAGUAGAGACGGGGGCAGCCGACUCGCAGGCAGGAGCACCAACUGAGGCAGUGGCAGCAGCAGUAGCAGCUGUAACAGCGGCAAAGCCUGCCCCUCGGAACUGGCUCAGCAGAACUUGGGGCAUAGCACCGCUGGCCCCUAGAGCGGCGACAGUGGCAACGGCAGUCCCACCAGGAGCAACAGCAGCCUCAGUUGAACAGGAAGCCGGUACUGCUAGGGCCUCCGGGGAAGAAGGGUUGCAGAGGCAAGCGGCAGCAGCACAAACAACAGAAGUAGCGCAUGCGGCAGCAAACACAGCUGCACAAAUUACAGCGCUUGAGGGCUCACAAGAAGGCAGCGUUGCCGCUGGUACUUCAGAUGCAAGGAAAGCACCAUAUACUGCAGCACCAGGUGCUGCCACAGAACGAGCUCCAGUUGGGGAUUCGGAUGAAGAAUGCGCUGAGCAAGAGCAACAAGUGCAGUUGCGGCAGCUGCAGCUUCAGCAGCUGCAGCAGCAGCGCAACUGGAAGCUACUGCUCCGCAAUCCUUCAGUGGCCGAAAGGCUUCAGAGAAGACUGCUAAUCCAUGAUGCCUCGUGCGGCGUGACUCACCCAGCAGCUGCACGUGUUGUACAGCCACCUGUUCAAAGCACUUCCUUUGCAGCUGCAGCUAGCCAGCUACCACCUGCUGCAGUCGCUCGGGUAUUUCAACGCGGGCGCGUGGGCGUCGGCUUUUCAGAGAUGGGAUGGGGAGAAGAAAGAAGUCUCCUCUGGUCUUACAGGCACCACUUGCUGCGGGUCCCGUUCGCGCUGCCAAGGCUGCUGCAGACAGUAGACUGGAGCGCCAGCAGCAACCCUCAGCAGCAGCAGCAGCAGCAGGAGGCUCUCGAGCUGCUGCAGCUUGUGGACCCGUCAAGACUCUCUGUUGAGGAGAUCUUGGGUUUGCUGCUUUUCUCGCAGGAGGUGGAACCGGCAGCAGCAGCGGCCGCUGCAGAAGCACAAGCCGCAGCAGCUCUUGCAGAGGCAAAAGCAGCAGCAGCAGCAGCAGCAUCAGGAGGAAGCAAUAUCUUGGGUACAGAGAGUAAUGCCGGUGAUGCUUUUGAGAGCAGUAACAGCACCACAAACAUCAACAGCAGCAACAGCAACAGUAUUGCUGCUGCAGUACAUGCGAAGGUGAAGGAGCUAGCAGUACAGGGGCUAGAUGUGGCCCCUGAGGAGGACCUGCUCUUUUUCAUGCAGCAGCUUGUACAGCUCAUAAGGACAGAUCAGCACGUGAGCGGGAGUGGCUGUCGGCUUGUGGGGUCUCUCAUCCGUCGCAGUCUGAAGAGCCCCUCAUUGGCCCUGUGUUUCUACUGGCUGCUACAGUCAGGCAAGGAACACUCGGCGGAUGGCCAUUUGUACGUGAGGGCGGAGCAACGCUUUUUAGACUCUCUCCGCAGGCGAAGGCGGCGAGGCUGCAGCACAACUCCGUCGCAUCACAAACACCAGCAGCAGGGGCAUGAUCUAAGGCAGCCAAACCAAAAGCAACAGAAGCGUGAACAGCAGCAACAUCAAGACCGGCAGCAGAGUGAGCAGCAACAGCAGGUACAUCCUCGCAUACAGCAACAGGCCGAGAUGGCGGAGGAGAUACUACAGCUCCUUGAGAGGCAGCGCGCCCUGCGCAGUUUGCUUCUGUCUCUCAACAAUAAACUCAAGGCUAGGAGAGAAAGAGUUGACAAAAGGUCCGAGCGGCUCAGGCUGCUGUUGCAGAGACUUUGUCGUGACGGCUUCGCGUCGCUCUUCCCGUUGGCAGAACACCACGAAGGGCCGCAAUACCAGCACCAGGAGGAACAGAAGGAGCAGCAGGCGAAGACAGGAGCUCCGACCGAGCGAGAUACGCAGCCAGUGACGGAGGGAUCUAGCCAAGGAAAAGCUGCCGCUACAGGUCCUGCAGCAACAGACGCAGCAGAAACAGCAGACGCAGUAGGUGCUGCACCAGCAAAAAGUGGAGCAGCAGCGGGACCAGCAACAGAACCAGAAACAUUGUCAGCACGCCAAGCAACGGCAUCAGCACGAACAACACCAGCAGUACCUGCAGUAGCACCAGGAGCGCCAGGACUGACGGCUGGAACGGUCUCUUCCGACCAAGUGACUACCGCGUCGGACGAAAACAAUCGCAUUAAUGCUUUACUCCAGGCGUGUCUUCGAGGGCCCGGCACAGCAGCAGAAGCAGCAGCAACGGCAGCAGCUGCUGCAGAAGCAGCAGCAGAGUUUGGGAUUCCUUUGCCGUUCGACUGCUCAUCUGUGCUUCUGCACAUUGUGGCCGAAGACUGCUAUGUAAUGAAAAGCAGCCAGUACCCUUUAGUUAUCAAAGCCCUUACUUACCAACAGCAACACCACCACCAGCACAGUUCAAACCAGCGGCAGGAGCAGCAGCAAGGUGUACUACGCCUGCAGCGCUUUCUGUACAAAGCUGAUGAUGACCUGCGCCAAGACGUGCUAGUGCUGCAGUUGAUUUCGUACAUGAACAAAAUUCUUCUUAAAUAUGGACUGGAUCUCAAACUCACACCCUACAAGGCAAGGAAGUUGUACACUGCAGAAAGCCUGUGCAGCUAUACAACACAACUCGGCAGUGAGGUGGUGGCAUUUUCGUCGUCUGACGGCUUGAUAGAAUUCUUGGAAGGCUGUGUCUCCUUUGCGCAAGUGAAACGCGACAACAAGUCCCUGCUGUCUUACCUCGAGUCGGUCCACAGCAGCAGCAGCAGCGCGGAAGAGCUGAAGCGUAAUUUCCUGGCGUCUUGUGCUGGUUAUUGCGUGGCGACUUAUCUUCUUGGGGUCGGAGACAGGCACCUCGACAAUCUGCUGCUUAGAAAAGAUGGGAAGAUGCUACACAUUGACUUUGGAUUCAUUCUUGGAGAAGACCCAAAGCCGUUCGCCCCUCCGAUGAAGAUAUGCCGUGAGAUGGUGGAGGUGUUGGGUUCAGUGGACUCAGCCGAGUUCGCUUACUUCCUGCACUUGUGUUGCCUUUGUUUUAAGUAUCUUCGCAUGCAUGCCUAUCCAAUCUGUCUGCUGCUGGAAUGUAUGGCCACCUCCAGCCUGAAAGACAUCGCCAAAAAUCUAGUUAGACUACCGGACAAACAACAGGAACUGCAGAUCCAGAAUCAGCUUCUGCUGCAGCAGCAGCAGGUUAACCUAAACGGAGCGUCGCCGCCGCCUCCAACCGAAGCUUCUACUCCCGCAACUGGGACUGCUGCUGCUGCUGGCGUUGCAAAGACCACGGACACAGCAGGCGAACUCGCUGUGGCAGCUGCGGCAACGCUGGUUCAGCAGCAGCAACAGCAGCAGCAUCAGUAUAGGCAGAGCCAGUCGGCACAAAACUCGCCAACAGAAGUGCAGCGCACUCCAAUGCCCGAAAGUGAGCCUUUGGCUGUUGCAGCAACUGCUCCAGAGAUGGCUGUGGCAGCCGAAACCACAGCAGGACCUGCAGCAGGAAUUGACUUAGGAACAACAACUGGAACAGCAACAGGAACACCAGCAGAGGCGCCAGCAAGAACGCAUGCGGCAACUCCUGCGGGGACCCCGUCGGGAACAUUGGCCGCAGAUACUGCUGCUGUGCCUCUGAGUAGGCCUGGAGCUGCAGCAACGGCUCCAGAUUCCCCUAGUCGAGGGGCGUUGGGCAGCAACAUGAACGCGCCCAGCGCGAGCCUUCCCCGUACCAACCUUGCCGGUUCCAACCUUCCGGGCAGCAGCCUUCCCAGCAGCAUUCUUCCGGGCGGCAACGUUACCGCGAGCAGCCUUCCCGGCAGCAGCGUUCCUGGCAGCAGCAGCAGUGGCCGGUUGGUGUGUUUGGCCAUAGAACGCGUCAAGGCUCGUUUUCACCUAGACUUAACCGAUGAAGAGGCGGAGCAAGCACUUGUUGGGGUCAUCCUCAGCAGCGCUGGAGCGCUGUUUCCUGCAGUGGUCGACAGACUGCACGAGUGGGCCAUCUACUGGAAGUAA